CUUCAACCUAAAACUUUUUAAAGAGCCAACGUCAUCUCAAAAUAUUCAAUUCAAAACACAGAUAACAGAGUAGAAUUCAAAAUUAUAUUAGCAAUCAGUGUUGAUACUGCUGAUGAAAAAUGGAAAAUGAAAUAGAUUUAAUUCAACAAUUAGAAAAUGAUGAAUUAUUUUGCCAGUUUUUGAAUAAAGAUUCCCAUUCCAAGCUAUAUGAUCAAAUUGCAAUAAGCGACAAAGUUAAAAAACUUGGAGAAGGUAUUGACUCUAUUACCAGAGAAUUGCAAAAAUGUGUUUUGAACAAGCAUGAAGAUCUUUUGAAACAAGCAAAUCAUGCUACAAAACUAGAAAAUAUCUUAAAUUUAAUGAAUAGCCAUGUAUACAACCUGGUUGCUAACGCAGAAAAUCUUAAACUUCAGAUAAAUAUACCCUAUGAGGCUCUUAAUAAGCAUACACAAGUAUUGGGAAGAUUACAUUUAGCUAGUCACAUUCUGAGACAAGUUAGUAGAAUUCAACAAUUGAGUAAAAGAUUAAGUAACACAAAUGAUCCCAGUCAAAAAGCCUUGAUACUUCAGGAAUUAGAACAAUUAGCUGCAGAUGAAGAUUUAAAAGAUAUCCAUUCUGUUAGUUCGGAAUUGCGAAAUAUAAGAACACAACAACAAAAAGUUGUGCAGUUGGCAACUGGCUCUUUGAAUCAAGGUAUUAUCAAUGAAAAUUCAGUACAGACUACAUCUGCUUUACAGAUUUUUAUUAAUUUGGGAACUAUAAACAAAGUUUUGGACGAUUUCAUCUCAUCAACUUUAUCUGAGAGCAUACAAGGCAUUACUUAUGCUUUAGAGACAACUGCUAGUGGUAAAUCUAAAGCAGUGCAAGGUAGAAAUAUUUCGCUAUCUUCUUCGCAAGGGUACAAGACAAAAAUGUGGACAGAGUUAGAGAAGGCCUUCAGUGAUGAUAUCUAUAAGCACUGUAAACAGGUGAAAUUUUUACAAAACAGCUUGCAUAAUUUAAAUCUGCAAAAUAAGGAAAUAGACCUGGCCACCAAAUUCUGGACUUCGUUAGGCAAGAAAAUCCAAGAACAGAUCAAUUCUGCGCCUUACUCUGUGCAACAAAUUCUAUCAGAGGAUUAUCCAAGGCUACUAAGAUGUUAUUUGGAUAUAUCGAAGAAAAUGAAUUAUGAAUAUUUCAGUUUUGAUCGUACGGUCUUGGAAAAAUGUGAAACCGCUUACUUAUCAACAUCACUCACUACGUUAUUAGAUCCUACACAAGAGAUGUUUUUCUCUGAUAACUCUGCUCCUUCUACUGACGAUAUAGACAAGAUUGUGCGCAUUAUAUCAAGUAACCUAAGUGUGGCCCUUAUCGAAGAGAAUCUCAGCCGAAAAAUCAGCAAAAACGUAUCGAAAUGUAUAAAAAUGUUUGCUGUUAAAACUGAACAACAACUCGACACCGGACCAGACUCUGCUCAAGUUAUUGGGGGAAAUGCUAAUUUAGGACAGCAAAAAAAUGUGCAGCUAGCCAAUCGUCUUAAUUACUUCCAGAGACAAAUCCAAAGGAUACUGUCGAAUAUGAAUGACAGUUUGUCCAAUUCUAGAAUCGAGUUACUGUACGAUGCAUUGAAGGAUAUCGACAUUCUUAGUGGAGCUAUCAUGCAGCCACUCGUUGUAUCGAUCAAUUCGACGGUGGAGACUAUACUUGUCACAAUACAUCUUGAAGCCGAUUGGACGAAAUUGCAAACAUUCAACAAACAUGUUUCUUGUAGUCCGUAUAUGAGAGAAUUGGGGCAGUUUAUCAACCGAGUUUUUAAUACAUAUUUAGCACAAUUUGAAAACAAAGAAGUUUUGCUGUUGAAAUGUGGUGAAAUAGCAGUAAGAUGUAUUGAACUUUUCGUUCGGCACACAACUCUCUUAAGACCAAAUUCGCCUAUUACAGAAGGUGGUAGGCAAAGACUAAAAGCAGAUUAUAUAUAUCUAGAGUCCGUAUUGAGAACAUUAUGUCCAACUUUAACCGAACUCGGUAAACCUUAUAGGUUAUUAAAAGCAAUGACUUCUCUGAUCACUCUAGACCCAACAGAAAUAAUCAACAGUUAUACAGAGGGCAGUGUUGUACCCGCAAGUACAAUUCUGUUGCUGUUAUUUUCCCACGCAGGAGCCGAAUUAGCAAGUCCUCAUCAAAAUACAGAGUGGUCUUUGCAGAAAUUAUCUGCGUGGUUGGAUGAACAUCAGUCGGAGAACGACAGGUUAGAUUUGAUAGCUGGUGCUCUUCAGCGGUAUGAAGCUUUAACCCGACAGAAAAAUUCUGUUAAUUACGAUCCAAUGUAUCCUGUGAUGUCGCAAUUCUUCGAGAAAGUAAUAAAAAAUUGAUAUUAUGAAA